UUGCGUGCAGGACUACAUGUAUGCAACAAACACCAGCAACAUGAAAAUCUAUGGUAAAGCCGACACUGGAAGGGCCUGGAUGCCGAUCCUGUCUGUGGCACCGAGCUGAAUCUGCUUACUUCGGACAGACAAGCGUAGGCUUGGUUUCAUUGGAGGUGUCUUACUUUGGGUUCAUCCUCUUCUCAACUUCAUCUUCUCGCGCUUUGGCUCCCACCUCUCUUAAAACAUACCAGCAAUGAAUCCUUCUGGAGGAAUGCACAUCCCCUCCGCGCUGGCGCCGGUUCAUAAAGCAUACAACGAAUGGCUAGAUCACCACAAAGGCUUAAUGCGAAAGCCUGAGCUCGAAGAGUGCAAGUUCGUGGCAGCCUACCUCCGACCCGACGAUAGGUCAGAGAACGACCCGACACAACACUGGGUCUUUCUCCGAUACACGACAAACAAGCGCGACGUCGUUUGGGGAGUCUUCUACGGCCUACGACUUCUCUACAUUGACAAACGACGACAAUACCAAGAACUGCGAGGCAGCGCAAAGAGGAAGUGGAAAGACGACGUGGGCACCAAGCUAUUACGCUCCGAUCUUGCCACUCUGAUCAAGCAGAGAUACCCUGGAAUAGACCUUGAGUACAACACUUGGCCUGGAAGAGCUCCUGCUCGUCCUCAUUGGUGGCCUAUCCUAGGCGAGAGAUGGUCAGGCUCGCCUGGGGAUGGGAAGCGCUUCCAUGCCUUCAACAAGGUAGCUGGCUUCGUGGAACACAAAGACAAGAAGAGGAAGCGCACUUGCAAUAUUUCUGGCGUGCCACAGAAGCAAAUCCGAGGAGAUGGUUCGGACAAUAGCCCCAAGAAACUUGACACUACGGCGUCUAACGGUCCUGAUGCCUUCAAGAGCAAGCAGCAAGACGUCGGCAAUUCUUCCUGGAAUGAGAUCGAGAGCGAGGGACUCCAAGAAAUCAAAGCAGAUGAGGGUCCAACUUCUGGCCAAGCGACAUUCGAUGAGAAGUUCGACACUAUUACCAUACGUACUUCAGCGAACUUCGAUCGUAAUGAGGAUGAUGACUAGGAGACAUUGAUCCCAUCAAGGACCAGCGAUCGCAGCAUCUCUGAACAGAAGGAAUACCGCGCGAACUCGAUACAACCAGUCAGUCCGUCGAAGAUCAAUAGCCAAGAAGAGCAGACAAGCCUUUUGAACAGGAACGAAACAUAUGACCAGGUUGAACGAGACUCCACGCCCCCAGUCAAUGAUCGAAGACUGCCCGAUAGGCGUGCCAGGACCUUUGUUGCUUCAGCGUCUUGUUGUGGGCCAUCCAUACAACAAGCCUGCAGCAAAAGCGUCGUGGAACCUGGCCAUACGCCUGUGGAAACAAGUGAAAUAACGACAACGGUGACCGACCCGGUUCCAGCAACAGCAAAAGAUCAGUUUGCCGAGCUUCAGCGUGAACUAUCUCAACUUCAACAGGC